AUGAAUUAUUCGGCCAAUGACUUAGAACAUGGCUCUAGAAGACAGUUGUUCACUCACAUUUUCGGGAUCAAGCGGCCUUUGUCCCCUCCUCCUUCUACAGUACCGCGGGACAUACCAGAUUCUUUGGAUAUGAUGAAUUUGAAAGCUGUGCUCAACGAAGAUGUCGAGAAGGAUUUACAACAGCGGCAGCCACAACAUGAUAGUAUAUUUUCGAGUCCUGUUCAUGUUAGGCAAAUUAGUGAUGUUUCAAGCAUCGAGCAAGAGAAUAAUCUGACUCCACCUGAUUCUGAAUCUCCGCAGCCUUACCGGUCAAAAGACACUAAUUUACCCAGACAAAGACCGGCUUCGCAUCAGACACAUGGAAGACCAACGCCUCCGGUUAUGGAUAUGAUCCAUGAAUCACCAAGAAGAACCAAAAGCGAGAAUUUCAAUACAAAACCGUCUUUGGCACCACUUUCCACAUCGUCUAUUAAUGAUAACACCAGUAAUCAUAAUCAUAAUAACAACAAUUCCAGAGGAUCUUUCACCUCCAAAAAAUCACCCCUUCAAGGGUUCGGACUGUUCUCUAGAUCAAGCUCGAAGGAUCUGCAGGCGGACGCUAAUCUAACGAUGACAAACAGCAACCACCAUCACCAUAAUAAUAACUCUAAUAAUAAUAACAACAACAACAAUCAUAAUAGCUUAUCAUCAGAUCAUCUGUUUGCAAGAACACAAUCCAUUAGCUCUUCUACGUUCAAAAAUUUCACCUCUCCAUUCCAAGGGAAAAGUAAGACCGCGGGUGGCAGAACUAUUCCUCAAAAGUAUGACCAUACUGUCAAUCCAUUAUCAGAAUCAUCAAUGGGUCUGGGACUGAAACAGAGGGCAUCAUCAGCAUCUUUAUCUACAGAAAAUACAGGGUCAAGACAUAUCCGUAGAACUUCCACAAGUUCACUGUAUACAAAGCAUUUCGUGGUUUCCAGCUCUAUAAGACGACCACAAGUCUACCCAGCAAUACUAUCACGUGUAGCCACUGCAUUCAAAAAAUCCAUCACUCUAGGCGAGUAUAAAAAGGAUGGACUUGUGUACAGAGAUGCCUUCACAGGUCAACAAGCCAUCGAUGUAAUAUGCUCAAUCAUAAGGACCAAUGACAGAAACCUAGCCCUGUUGCUAGGAAGAGCGCUUGACGCACAGAAGCUCUUCCAUGAUGUUAUCUACGAGCAUAGACUUCGUGAUUCUCCAAACGAGGUUUAUGAAUUUACAGGUAAUUCAAGGGUCAUUGGUAAAGGUAUUUAUGAAAUUGAACCAUCAGGCACUUUCUCUACCUCUCAAUCAACUGCCACUCUGUUGCCAUCACAGUCGGAAUCUAGUUUAUCUUUAAUGGAAAAAGCAGAAGACCCAGACACUUUUCACCAGGUAAAUGGUGUUUUCACAUUAUUGGCCGAAUGUUACUCUCCAACUUGUACUAGAAAUAGACUAUGUUAUUCCAUCUCGUGCCCAAAGCGUCUCGAACAACAAGCUCGUUUGAAUUUAAAGCCAAAUGGUGGUUUAAAAAGAAACAUUUCUAUGGCUAUCGAUGACGAUGAUGAAGAGAAAACAUCUUGGACUAGUUCUGUUCCUGAAGAAGUAUGGAGUAAAUUAUCAAAACGUGAAAUAAAGAGGCAGGAAGCCAUAUAUGAAGUCUACAGCACAGAAAAGAAGUUUGUUAAGUCGUUAGAGAUAUUGAGGGACACUUUUAUGAAGAAGUUAGCAGAAACAAAUAUCAUUCCGGCGGAUAUUCGUAAAAACUUCAUCAAACAUGUUUUCGCACACGUAAAUGACAUUUAUUCUGUUAAUCGCCGUCUAUUAGAUGCAUUAGCUGAAAGACAAAAAGCUUCUCCAAUCGUUGAUGGUAUUGGUGACAUUCUACUACGUUUUAUUCCAUUCUUUGAGCCAUUUGUCAUGUAUGUGGCCUCUCGACCAUAUGCAAAAUAUCUUAUUGAAACCCAACGAUCAGUAAAUCCAUACUUUGCACGUUUUGAUGACGAUUUGAUGAAUUCUAAGUUGAGGCAUGGGAUUGACUCCUUUUUAUCCCAAGGUGUUUCUAGACCUGGACGUUACGUUUUGUUGGUUAGAGAAAUAAUGAAGUCCUGUGACCCAGUGGCUGAUAAAAGGGACUUAGAAAAUCUAACCAGAGCACUAGAAGCACUGCGUGCAUUUAUGAAACGUAUUGAUAAGGCAAGUGGUGCAGCACAAGAUAGACAUGAUGUUAAGUUAUUAAAGCAAAAAAUUUUGUUCAAAAACGAAUAUGUUAACAUGGGUUUGAACGAUGAUAAACGUAAGAUCAAACAUGAAGGUUUAUUAUCAAGGAAGGAAGUUACUAAGAAUGACAACGGAGGAUUUGGUGAUAUUCAAUUCUAUCUAUUGGACAAUAUGCUAUUGUUUUUAAAAUCUAAAGCAGUUAAUAAGUGGAAUCAACACAAGGUUUUCCAACGCCCUAUCCCACUUCCGUUAUUAUUUGCAGCUCCUGGUGAAGAAAUGCCCAGUCUAAAAAAGCACAUUUGUGGCAAAGCUGAUAGUCAAGGAACUGUUAUAAUUCCGGAGGGAGUCGCGGUUGCCAACCCUAGGAAUGCAAUUACCUUCCUAUACUACGGGGCUAAGCAAAAAUACCAAGUGACUCUAUAUGCUGCUCAAUUUGCAGCAAUGCAAACAUUAUUAGAGAAGAUUAAACAAGAACAGGCACGUAUCAUCAAAGAAAAUGAUAUUUUCAACAUCUGCAAGAUCAGUGACAGAUACUUCGAUUACUCGAACAAGAUUAAUAGUGUUGCAUCAUGUGACGGUGGUAGAAAAUUCAUUAUUGCCACAUCCCAAGGCCUCUUUGUUAGCAGUGUAAGAAGGGUUGAGAACACUAUUUCAUUCGGAACCCCAACGAAGCUUUUAUCGAAGAACAAUAUUUCUCAGCUAUCAGUCCUGGAGGAGUUCCAAUCCAUUUUAAUAUUGGUUGACAAAAAAUUGUACAGCUGUUCCUUCGAAUUAUUAAACAUAACUGAACCACAAGCAGGAAAUACGUAUUUCAAGAAGCAUGCAAAAGAAUUGGCAACCCAUGUCUCCUUCUUUAGUACUGGGGAUUGUAACGGGAAAAAGUUAAUUGUCACGGCACAUACUUCGCAUAAUUCUAUCAAAUACUUCGAGCAUCAACAUCCGUUAUUACAUGACAAGAAGCACGCAAAAAAGAAGUACACGGAGGUUCAAUUCGAUAGCGAACCAGUGUCGAUAUCCUUCUUGAAAGCUAAUCUUUGUAUUGGGUGUAAAAAGGGUUUCCAGAUCGUGUCAGUAUCUCAAAAUGCACACGAACCACUACUAGACCCAGCGGACACGUCGCUAGACUUUGCAAUCCGCGAUUCAUUGCAUCCUCAAGUGAUAUACCGUGUGGGAAAUAUGUUUUUCUUGUGCUACACAGAAUUUGCCUUCUUUGUUAAUAACCAAGGCUGGCGUAAAAAGGAAUAUCACAUAAUCCACUGGGAAGGUGAACCGGAAAAAUUUGCCAUUUGGUAUCCAUACAUCAUUGCAUUUGACAACAAUUUCAUAGAGAUCCGCAAGGUUGAAACUGGCGAACUCGUCAGAUGUAUUGUUGGAGAAAAAAUCAGACUUUUACAAACAAGCUCUCAAGAGAUUUUAUAUGUUUACGAGGACGAACGGGGCUACGAUACAAUUGCAUCCUUAGACUUUUGGGGCAAGUAA